AUGGAAAAUAUUUUCUCAAAAACAAACGUUAAUAGUACUACUGCUACUACCACUACUACUACUACUACUACUCUAACAACACCGAUAUAUAGCAAGCAGGCAAGCUUGAAGACAACCUGCUCGACAAGAAGCCGCCCGGAAUUUCUGUGCCAUAAAAUAUCUGGGAGAGAGAUACACACAUCCUACCCCCAUUUCAAUUGA